CUCCCUUCAUAAACCACAACAAAAACCUACCUGUAAACUUCCACCUACCUAAAAACACCCGAACAAACAUGUUCAAAAAGCGGUUUUACUUUUCAUUUUAAGGUGAAAGGCAAUGAUGAUCGACAGCGGUGACGAUCGCGUUAAGGGCUCGUGGAGUCCGCAAGAGGACGCCACGCUCUUGAAAUUGGUGAACGAACACGGCGCCAGAAACUGGUCCGUCAUAAGCAGCGGCAUUCCAGGGCGCUCCGGCAAGUCCUGCCGUCUGCGGUGGUGCAACCAGCUCAGCCCCGAAGUGCAGCACCGUCCCUUCACGCCGGCGGAGGAUAGAAUCAUCGUAAAGGCGCACGCCAUUCACGGAAACAAGUGGGCCACCAUCUCCCGCCUCCUCCCCGGCCGCACCGACAACGCCAUCAAGAACCACUGGAAUUCCACGCUCCGCCGCCAUCGCGCCGCCUCCGCCUCCUCAGAUUCCCCGCCUCCGCCGGCGAAGCGUCCCUCGGUUUUCGACACGUUUCGCCCUCUCAAGAAACUUUGCAUUGAAAAAGAAACUGAGGAAGAGAGACUCGCGAGUACCGUAACGACGUCGUUGAGUCUUUUCCCGCCGGGGGAAAGGUCAGAGGAAGACGAAGAAGAAAAGGAGAAGGAAGAAGAGUUUGAGGUAAACACCAUUAUGAGUGAUAAUCAGAAGCGCUUUAUACAAGUGAUUCGGCGCAUGAUAGCAGAAGAGGUUAGGAAUUAUUUCCAUACUUUGCGCCUUCAAGAAAGAGACAAUCCUUUCCUUCAACAUGAUUUAGAUUUUCAUCCCAUAGUUCCAAAAUAAAUUAUUAUAUAUAUUUUUGGAGAUGCUGAGAUCUAUAUUUAUAUCAUCACAUGUUAAUAAUUUGUUCAA